CGCCGCGUCUCUGGCCCGAGCAGACCUGCAUUUACACACACAAACACAGGCUAUGCGAGGUGCUGUUAUGGUAGGGGCAGUGGCGGCGGUCAUGGUGGCAGCUCUGGUGGCUGGGAUGGCCUCAGCUGCUAGACCCGACAACUCGGCGGCUGACACACUGCAGGCCAUCCACGAGGCGGCCAUGGCGGGUAUCCUAGGAUCAGCAGAAGUGCAGUACCCUAACAGGCCCAGCAUGUUCAAGUCACCCGUGGAGCUGCGACAAUACCUGGAUGCUCUUAACGCUUACUACGCCAUCGCCGGGAGACCAAGGUUUGGGAAGCGAGGGAACCACGGAGCUCAACGUACGGAGGAGCUCUAUGACUACUGACCCACUAGUCUUACACUCAUCCCUUCCACCCACACCCCCGUCAUACUUACAACCUCUGAUAACCAACAACCUACGACCCUUGAUAGGCAAUCUAUCUGACAACCUACAACCCUCGCCGACCAAAUCACCAUACAGCCCACAUCACCAGUUAAUCAAUCUCUUGUACAACCCACAACUCUUAACUUGUCUCUCCAAUAACCUCACAACCUCUGACAUCCAUCAUUUCACAACACAACAAUCCCUUCCUGCUGCGACCCACGACCUCUGAUUCCCGGCUCUUCAUGCACUCAACACCUGAAGCUCUUCAGCAACCACCAGCCAGUAAGAUGUCUCCCACACCCCUCUCUACUGCUGCUUACAAAAACACAUCCACUUCAAUGAACAAGUGGAGCUCUUUCCCACUUGCAACAUGAGAGAAACACUCAUGAGAGUUGGACAUAGAAUUUGAGUGUGAUAUUGAUGUUAAUGAUGAUGAAGAUUUUAAUUCGUGUCCGCCAAAGAUGGUAACAAGUCUGCACACAAGCGCGUUGGUCUCGUCCGCCGGCCUCAACAAGGAAUAUUAAGUCUCGUCAAGUGAUAUCGCUAGAAGUACAGUCCAACCUGUCCCCUGCUGGUCUCCCUGUGUAUGUGUACUAACAAGGUCUUGCCACAAAACAGCAAUAGGCACUUCACACUCACCCCUGGUCUCCGUCUAUCAUUCAACAAGUAAGCAGUUUCACGACUAAUUGAAAAGAAGUAAUUUCUUCGACCAAGAUCAUACGUGUUACCGAAGACAUCUCAGGCACCAAAAGAGGCUUCUACCUAGGGAGUUCCAUCGUCACAAGUUCCCUCAAGAAAUCAUUUUAAUGAGCUCUUCUUGGUUCGUCCAGAAUAUCUCAGAGGCUGAAAUCAUACGAUUUAUCUACAUUAGUUACCCCCCCCCCCCCACCAAGCUAUGUACUAGGAGAGUGAGCAAAUAACUAAUAUUUUAUUUUGCAGUCUAUUUACACACUGUAUGUUGCCAAAUAUUAUGUACUGAGAGAAAAAAAUAUAUGAGAAAAAUAGU